CUGGACCGUUAGAUGAAAAAUGGCUUUCCAUGUGGAAGGACUGAUAGCUAUCAUCGUGUUCUACCUUCUGAUAUUGCUGGUUGGAAUAUGGGCUGCCUGGAGAACCAAAAACACUGGCAGCGCAGAGGAGCGCAGUGAAGCCAUAAUAGUUGGUGGCCGAGACAUCGGUUUGUUGGUUGGUGGAUUCACCAUGACGGCCACCUGGGUCGGAGGAGGGUAUAUCAACGGCACAGCUGAAGCAGUUUAUGUACCUGAUUAUGGUCUAGCAUGGGCUCAGGCACCAAUUGGAUAUUCUCUUAGUCUGAUUUUAGGUGGUCUGUUCUUUGCAAAACCUAUGCGUUCCAAGGGGUAUGUGACCAUGUUAGACCCAUUUCAGCAGAUCUAUGGAAAACGCAUGGGUGGGCUCCUGUUUAUCCCUGCACUAAUGGGAGAAAUGUUCUGGGCUGCAGCAAUUUUCUCUGCAUUGGGCGCCACCAUCAGCGUGAUCAUCGACGUGGACGUGCGCGCUUCUGUCAUCGUCUCCGCGCUCAUCGCCACUCUGUACACCUUGGUGGGCGGGCUCUACUCGGUGGCCUACACAGAUGUCGUUCAGCUCUUUUGCAUUUUCGUAGGACUGUGGAUCAGUGUCCCCUUUGCACUGUCACACCCUGCAGUCUCUGACAUCGGAUUCACUGCUGUGCACCCUAAAUACCAGGAGCCCUGGCUGGGAACCAUUGAGUCAUUUGAAGUCUACACUUGGCUUGAUAGUUUUCUGUUGUUGAUGCUUGGUGGAAUCCCAUGGCAAGCCUACUUCCAGAGGGUCCUGUCCUCAUCCUCAGCCACCUACGCACAAGUGCUGUCCUUCCUGGCAGCUUUCGGGUGCCUGGUGAUGGCUCUCCCAGCCAUACUCAUCGGGGCCAUUGGAGCAUCAACAGACUGGAACCAGACUGCAUAUGGGUUUCCAGAUCCCAAGGACAAGGAAGAAGCAGACAUGAUUUUACCAAUUGUUCUGCAGUAUCUCUGCCCCGUGUACAUUUCUUUCUUUGGUCUUGGUGCCGUUUCUGCUGCUGUCAUGUCAUCAGCAGAUUCUUCCAUCUUGUCAGCAAGUUCAAUGUUUGCUCGAAACAUCUACCAGCUUUCCUUCAGACAAAAUGCAUCAGACAAAGAAAUCGUUUGGGUCAUGCGAAUCACUGUGUUUGUGUUUGGAGCAUCUGCGACAGCCAUGGCUUUGCUGACAAAGACUGUGUAUGGGCUGUGGUACCUCAGUUCCGACCUCGUGUACAUCAUCAUCUUUCCCCAGCUCCUCUGCGUGCUCUUUGUCAAGGGAACCAACACCUACGGGGCUGUGGCAGGCUAUGUUUCCGGCCUUUUCCUAAGAAUAACUGGAGGGGAGCCAUACCUGUACCUACAGCCCUUGAUUUUCUACCCUGGCUACUACCCUGAUAAGAACGGUAUAUAUAAUCAGAGGUUCCCAUUUAAAACACUUGCCAUGGUAACCUCCUUCUUAGCCAACAUUUGCAUCUCUUAUCUAGCCAAAUACCUAUUUGAAAGUGGAAGCUUGCCACCAAAAUUAGAUGUAUUUGAUGCUGUUGUUGCAAGACACAGUGAAGAAAACAUGGAUAAGACAAUUCUGGUCAGAAAUGAAAAUAUUAAAUUAGAUGAACUUGCACCUGUGAAGCCUCGACAGAGCAUAACUCUCAGCACGACUUUCACCAAUAAAGAGGCCUUCCUUGACAUCGAUUCCAGUCCAGAAGGGUCUGGGACUGAAGAUAAUCUACAAUGACUCCAUCUCAGUAAAACGCUGCUUUCUCAAACAGAGCGCUAAAAUAGAGUAG